AAUGCAGAAGUCAUAACUUUUGGCAAACACAAAUAGUUGGGCCAAAAUAGGCCUUAUAACUACUUAGUGGGCUUGCUAGUGUUGUUGUUUACCCAUUUUUAUAAACUAUUUUCGUUUCAAAGAAAAAACCUUGACCAAACUGAAACAGUUUGCUGCUGCUACUUCCUCUCCAAAUUCACCUUUACCAAACUAAAAAACUAGGAUGUCCAUCUCCGCCACCGAAGAUCCACCGGCGAAGGAGGAAGCGUACCCGCCCUUUCCGUUGACCUUGUUGCCAGAUACGCUAGCUAUGAGCUGCUUUGCUCUCCUGCCAAGAUCAGAUCACGCUUCCUUGUCUCUAGUCUCCAAAAAGUACAACUCUGUAUUGGCAUCGCAAGAGUUCUACAAAACGCGAUCGCUGUUAGGUCGCACUGAAGAGUGUCUCUACGUGUGCUUAACCACCAACCCUAACUCAACCCCGAACUGGUUUCUCCUCCACCGUGACGCUACCUCCAAGCAGCUGAUUCCUAUACCUUCUUCCCCCUCUCAACCUGAAACUUUCUCCUCUUUCGUGCCGUUGGAUUGGGGCAUUUACGUAAUCGGUGGAUUUAAAGACGGUGAUGUUCGCUCCUCCGAUGUAUCGCUUCUGGAUUGUCGUACCAACACGUGGCGCAAAGUCCCUUCCAUGUCGGUUGCUCGUGCUACAGCUGCUGCUGGAGUCGUAGACGGGAAGAUAUACGUUUUCGGAGGCUGCCAGGAGUUAAAUUCAUCAAACUGGGCCGAGGUGUUCGACCCAAAGGCCCAAAUGUGGGAAACUUUUGAGCCCGUUUCUGAUCCGAGCGAAGGUGAUAAUGUGAUGCGCGAGACGCUAGUGAUGGAUGAGAAGGUGUACGGAGUGGGCUUCUGGAAUGGAAGCUUGUUAUGCUACUCGCCGCGUGAACGUGAAUGGGGAAGAAAUAAUACACCAGAAGAAGUCAAUAACUACUAUUGUGUGAUAGAGAAUGUGUUAUAUGGUUGUGAUGAAGCUGGGAAUGUGGUUUGGCGUGAGCAAGAGGAGUGGGAGUGGAAGAGAGUGAAGGGUUUAGAGGCUUUACAAAAGGUUUUCUCUGGCUUGAACAACGUUAACAGGCCCUUUGCGGCUAGGAAGCGUGUAAGGAAGUUGAGCAGUUUUGGUUUGAACAUUGUGGUUUUUUGGGUUGGGUUUAGGGGAGAUAUUUGGUGUGCUGAGAUUUCAUUGGAGAGACGUGAGGAGGAAGGUGAGAUUUGGGGGAGGAUCGAGUGGUCUGAAGCUGUCGCCACUGUUUAUAGUGCCUUCAGGCGUGCCAAGGUUGAGGUUUUGUAUGCGACCACUGUUCACGUUUAAAUACCAUGUCAGUUGACAAAAGGUGUGUAUGUCUGUUUGUUUGAUACAUAUGGCUAUAUUUGGGAAUAAUGUACUUCUUUCUCUGGGGUUGCAUGCAUCAUCGUAUACUAUAUUCGUAAUAAUAUGUUUUCAUUGUUAAGCUAGAUGGGUUUCC